AUGUCUAUCAAGGCGCUAUCAAUUUUCGCUGCUCUUACCACGAGUGUUGCCGGACACGGCUUCGUGCAGUACAUUGUCGCCAAUGGCAAGAACUACACAGGCUGGGACCCAGGUUUCCGAUACCAAAACCCCCCGCCAAGCAUCCCUGGGUGGACCGCGGACAACCCCGACAUAGGGUUCGUCGGCCCCGACUCAUUCGCCCAGCCUGAUAUCAUUUGCCAUAAGUCUGCCACCCCAGGUCAGGCCUACGUUGAAGUGACUGCAGGAAGCACGAUGACUUUGCAGUGGUUCACGUGGCCUGAUAGCCAUAAAGGCCCCAUCAUUGACUACCUUGCCGAUUGCGGUUCAUCUGGUUGUACCAGCGUCAAGAAGGAAGGCCUCAAGUUCGUCAAGAUUGCGCAGUCUUCUUGGAAGUCUGGACAGGAUUGGGCCACAGACGACCUAAUCCACAAUCAAUUCAAGUGGCAGGUCAAGAUUCCUGCCAACCUAAAGCCGGGGCAAUAUGUGCUAAGGCACGAGAUCAUCGCUCUACACGGUGCUUUCGAUGUCGGUGGUGCUCAGGCCUACCCGCAAUGCAUCAAUCUACAUGUCUCGGGUAGCGGGAGCAAGUCUAUCAGCGGUGGUGUACCUGCUACCAACUUUUACAAGGCGGACGAUCCGGGUAUCCACUUCGAUAUCUAUGGAGAUAUCAAAAGCUACCCUAACCCUGGCCCUGAUAACCUUUGGAAAUCUUAA